AUGUCUUCGCACCCAACAGCCGACGAGUUUUCUCGUUUCGAUAACUUCACCGUCAUCAACACCACGUACAAAGUUGUGGCUGGCCAUGCCAUAGGAGCGGACUUUCUCAUCCCGAAGCAGCUGCUUGUUGCUGGUGACAAGAGCAGCAAGCCGCGGCCGAUUAUUGUACGGUACCAUGGUGGUUAUCUCAUCGGCGCCGGAAGUAUGUUUCCGCCAUUUUUUGGACCUUGGAUUCUGCAGCUGGCAGAGCGGCAUUCGGCUGUGAUUGUCAGCGUCAACUACCGGCUGUAUCCCGAGUCGCCCGUGACGGACAUUCUGACGGAUGUGCGCGAUUUUUGGACCUGGCUGCACUCAGCCGAGCCAAGCAAGAUUCUCGACGAGCAGACGCAGGGCCGCGUCCAGCUCGACACGGACCGCAUCAUCACGACCGGUGAGAGUGCUGGCGGCUACCUGAGCCUGAUGACAGCUCUGGAUCAUCCUGGCGAGAUCCGCGCCGUCACGGCGGCGUAUCCCGUCGUCGACACCCGGGUUGCCUGGUACACCGAGGCCAAUAAGCUGCCGCGCCUGGGCCGGUCGUAUGUCCCGCGCGACAUCUUUGACGAUCACGUGGUCAAGGUGGCCUGCGGCGAGCUGCCGGCAAUCAUCUCGAACGAUGCCAAGUUUGAGCGCAACGACAUCAUCUUUUCGGCCGUGCACAACGGCAUCAUCGGCCAGAUGUUCGACGUCGAGGGCCGCCAGCAGCUGCCCUCGCAACGGGUCGAGGACGGCGCGGUCUUUCCGCGUGGCGGCGUGUUCAUCCUGCACGGCCGCGACGACACAAUGGUGCCGGUGGCCGAAGUCGAGGCGCUCAAGGCAACGGCGAACAGGCUCGACCCGACGCUUGACUUCCAUCUCUCCAUUCAGCCUGGAGAACACGGUUUCGACGAGGACAUCAGCAUUGACGAUCCGUGGAUGAAGGAGGGCCUCGAGGGUGUUGUCAAGUCAUGGUUAGCAUGA